AUGGACAGUACCAAGCGCCUCGAAACAGAAACAAUUAACGUCAAGGAUAUAACAAUUGGCGUAGAGCUGGAAAUGAUACUUUUCAAGCUACCCUUCGCUAUCAAACACGUUCCAUAUGGUGAACUGGACUUUAUCGCUAACGCUUUAGAGGGGCUAGCUACCGAAAUGGGUGUCAUGCGCAUCAUAGAGGGGGUAAUGAUCCAGGAAUUAAAGAAUUUCAAGUCUCAAGACACCUCUAUUGAAGGAAUGGCACAACGCGACCACAAAGAGCUCCACUUCCAGAUCAAAGACGACAUCUCCAUCAAGCCCUUUCACCCGACCAACAAGAGCCUCCAUGGCCGCGGUGUUGAGGUCUGCACCCCAAUCCUCACCCAAGAUAACUGGGAACAGACUCUUCGGUCCAUGUGCACCGCCAUCACCACCGCAUGCCAACAAUGCGGCGCCGCCAUACAUUUCAACGACACCUGUGGCCUCCACGUCCACAUCGGCCUUGGCCGAGAAUACACCGUACGAGAACUAAAACAGCUCGCGAAAGCGAUCGUCCUCUUUGAACGCCAAAUGGACCAGCACCACCCGCGACACCGCCGCUCCCCACCACCGGGCAAAAACAGGAGCAGCAUGAUCGCUUCUAACCUCGAUAACCAUGGCCUCAGAGGCCUCCCUCCUGCACAGAUGAUCUGGAGAAUCGAUGACCAAAUCGAUGUCUACAGGGUGUUGCGCAUUAUCAAUGGCGCCAAUGACGUUGAGUUCAGACAGGCGGCUGGCACCAUUGACGCGGAGUGGAUUGUCGCCUGGGUGAAGAACAUAUGUAGCUUUGUGACUGCGGCAGCGGCGACCGAGGAUGAAACGUGGUACGAAUGGGCCGAGAGCCUGGACAGUGUUGUUACUGAUGCGGAGAUCCGCAGGAGGUUUGGGAUGCCAGAGAAUAUUGAGACAGAUGAGGCAGAUGGUGUGGUAGAAGGAGAAGAAGAUGAAGCUGAGUACGAAGAUGGAGAAGACGACAUGAGUUUUGACUAUGCUGACGAGUUCGAGCUCUUUACCAUCAGUGGAGACGACAGCGAUUCGGAAUAG